AUGCACACCGUCCCGGCUCCCGGCUUUGCUCAGGCACAGGGGGAGCACGCUUGGGCUCCGCCGUCCAGUCCUCCCCCGUGUGCUCUGAGACUCUGCCCUCCCUGCUCUUCUUGCACAGGGCCCGUCGCCACAGGAUCUCGAAGGAGGCGGCUCGUUCUGAGGCUGAGCCAGAAGGACGCCCUGCAAGCGCUCUUUCAACGGAACCCCUACCCUGGGAUAGCGACCAGAGAACGGCUGGCCCGGGAGCUUGGCAUUGCCGAAAGCAGAGUUCAGGUCUGGUUCCAAAACAACGCAGAAGACGGUCAAAGCAGAGCCGAUCGCCGCCGUCUGAAUAUGUGCACCGAGAAGGGGAGCGGGCAACGUCCACGCCACGCCACCGUCGCGCCCGCCUCGACCUCAGUCUUCCUCUCCAGUGUCCAGAUCGGGGCGCGACGCCCCCAGUCGGCGUGGGCGGGCAGCACUGGGUCCCCCUUCCUUGGCACCCCCCCUCCCCAGCCCCCGUCGGGAACUUUAGGCUCCGGCUGCCCAGGAGACUCGGCCCGAGAGGCCCGGAGAAAGAGGACCGUCAUCUCUCCUUCCCAAACAAGCAUCCUUGUGCAAGCCUUCACGAGGGAUCGCUUCCCGGGGAUUGCCGCCAGGGAAGAACUGGCUCGUCAGACGGGAAUCCCAGAACCUCGAAUCCAGGUAUGGUUUCAAAACCGAAGAGCUCGGCACCCCCAGCAGAGCCCGAGCGGGCCCGGCGGCGCAGCAGCCACGACUCCUCCUGCUCCAGAGGACCGAAGGGCCCCACCCGCUGUCCAGAGCACCUCUCCUCCCCUUCGCCCCUCCCGCCACAGGAGAGCAUGCCACCCUCGGCGGCGGCGGCGGCCGCAGCUGCUCCGUUCGGGGCCCCCGCCUUCUGGGUGCCCGGGACUGCCUCUGGGGUCUGUGUGGGCCAGCCGUUGA